AAAGAUUAAAAAUAGUACUCUAUUUUAAAAUUUUAGUAAUGCAAGUGUCUUAUACUUCUAUUAAUUAUUUGUAUACAUGUCAUAUUUGUUUCAUAUGAAAGGUGUCAGUGAAAGAUGAUACACUUUUAUUCAUGAAGCAUAAACAAUGAUUUAGAAUGGAAUAGUAAUUCACUUCAAAUUAAUUUUUAAUUAACUUUGGAGCUAUCAAUUAAGUUUCAAGUUUUGUUUGGUCCAUAUGUUUCAGCCUUCUAUGAACUAAACUACUCUUGGAAGAGCUUUGUUGUUUCUAAUCCUUCUUCAUGCCCACUGCUCUAAAAAUCGCUCUAGACGCUUGACUAGUCCCCGCCUAGGCGCCAGUGGCGGAGCUCAUUUAUUCAAGGGUGUUCAUGUGAACUCCCAAAAUAUCGAAAAUAAAACGUAAAAAUACACAUAUAAAAUUGAUGUAAUAAUUUGUAUAUUGAUUUUUAUGUAAUAUUUCAUGCUCAUAACCUUAUUUGUUGGGAUUUUAAUGUUGAAAAAGUUACUUUUCUCAAUUGGUGGACCAAACAAUAUUAUUGUGAAAUAGAUAAAAUCAUUUUGAACGCCAAAAAUUUGGUUGCAAAAUCCGCCACUCCUAGGCGCUAGGCGGUGGCCGGGCGCCUCGAUUUUACUCUAGGUGCUCCGACUAAUUGGUUUGUCGCCUAGGUGAAUUAGUCGUCCGCUUAGGGCGCCUAGUUGCUUAUCCAGAGCGCUUAAUCGGCCACCUAUGUGACACCGCACCCAAACGUCCUUGAAAACUUGAUUUUAAAAUUCAAAGUUUAUGUAUUGGAUUUCUGAUUCCCAAACGAUUGUAAAACGACUAAUGUUUUACGUAAUUAAUGAUCGAUUAUUGUACUGUUCGAACUCGUAUAUAAGUAUCGGGCCUUAUUAAUAAAUAAAAGAGCCUAACAUUAUCUAAAUAUUAAUACAUAACAUUUCAAGACAAGUUGAGGAAGGGCGGGCGGCCCAGAUAUUAUUUUGGGCUCAACCCGCUAGAAUAGCAAGUAUUCGAGAAUGGCGUCGUAGGCCCACUCGGGGGCGACCCACACGGCUUGUAGCCUAAUAAUAUGAAUGGCAAAUGUCAAAAUAAGUGAUAGGAUGAUUUGAGAAGAAUACAAAUGCCUAUAACCCCAUCUUUGGCAUUAUUGAGCUAAAUAAUGGGAGUAGGGUUUUUCUUCUAUAAUAUUCAUCAUGUAAAUUAUUGGGAUGAUCAUACACAUAUUGGAGAUCAAUAAUAUGAUGUAGAGAGUUGACUUGUUCCAAAUAAAUUAGAAUGAGUACAAAGAGACAUCUUAUGACAAAGAGAUCAAAAGUGAGACCCACCCAUGUCUAAAAACAUCUCAUGGAGACCAUACCAAUUCAUUUCACUCCACACAACUUAUCCACCCUUAUUGAAGGGUCUUGGACACUCCCUUAAGCCCCUCAUUCGAACUCCCAAGGAUAAGGGAGAAAGAGAGAGCCACACAACCAAGAAAGCAAGAGGAAGGGGAAGCUGCCGCAGGUUCGUUUUCCAGUGCGUAAGGUUACUUGUUUGCUUCAUAUCUCGAGUUAUACACAUCCAAAUAAGGCGUGCGAGAUACCCACAGAAAGCUCUCAAGACGAGGAAUCCGUGAAGGUCUGGUUUGCAUCAAUCGGAGUAGUGGAAGGCUUUCAAAUCGUCCGAGCAAAACACAACCUCGCGGAAUACGUUUUUGUAUUCAAAGUUAGGGAACGAUUUCGUCGGGAAACACCCGUUCUAGGGACUGUUUUUGUGUCUUCGGUUAGGAGUUGAACUAGCACUUUGAAGAGGCUGUUUAACACUCAAUUCCAAGCAAGGAAUCAGUCCUCAAUCUUUCUUGGCCGAGGCUUUGGUCAUUGGAUCGAGAAGGAAAGUUUUAAAGCUCAUUUGAGUUUCAGGUAGGACUUGAAGGUUGCUACCACGCCCGUUGCUUCGGGAAGAUCAAAGGAGGAGGACGUGGUUCGUGCUUCUUCCGUUUCUGUUUUAAACAAUUACAAUAAUGCUCAUGGAAAUUAUUUUGAAUACUAUUUGGGGGCUUGUAUGCCCAUGUUUGCCACGUGUGGCUUGAAUACGUGUAUUAAUGUUUCCGCUGCUUUAUAUGAAUAUUUUACAUUAUGUUUGUUUAUGGAUGUACUAUGUGUGAAUGGUAUUCAAGACGCCUAGUAUAGUAUGGAUGAGUUGGACUGCGGUUGACUAUUCGUACUGUACGGCGGGUUGUUGACGUGUCCGGUAGGUCCGGGGCGUGACAAUUUAAUUGGUAUCAGAGCCUUAGUCCGUAAACUUCAUAAUGAAGCUUCAAAAUCCCUUUUGAAAAUGAUUUUGAAAACCAUGAGCAUAAAAGUUUUGUACUUAUAGAACUUUUGGUACUUGAGUUGCAAAGUCUCUAAUUGUUAAGAUGGUACCCUUAACAAUUGGUAUGACGGUGAUUUGAGCCGAAAGGUGUCUUUAAGUACCUAUCCGUCACUUGACAUUUGAUACGAGCCUAAUGGCUCAUUCUAAACUUCUUUCAGAAAUGGAACGCACCGGUAGAGUGACUCGACGGAACCCGACUGGCCAGGUGCUGGGGGGAUCCCAACGUGGCAGUCAGGGGGGAUCAAGAGAGUCUGGGGGACAGGGCCGAGCAGGCCACUCGCUGACCGUGAGUGACGGUCACGUGGAAACAAUAGAUGAGCACUAUGAGUCCGAGGAAGAUUCAACUUACCAACCGGGAACUGAGCCGGUUGACACCCCAUAUGAUGGGGAACACGAUGAUGCUAGUGAUGAGAGUGAUGAUAAUGACGCUCUUGAACGGAUUGAGGAAUUGCUCCGGCAAUACCAACAAGAUCGCCAAAGGCGCCGGGAAAGGCGUGCUUUGGAAGGGGCUUCGAGGAGAGGAAGCCGCGCGACUCCUAGGGAGAGCAUUGAACUUCGAGGAGGUCGAGGUGCCGAGGUUCCUAUCAUAAGGAUCUCAAAGUACCUAAAGGAGGCAAGAGACUUGGGAUGUAAACCGUUUGAUGGAACGGGAGACAUCUCCGUGGCGGCCGAGUGGAUCAAGAGAUUCAAUGAAGCGGCCCUUGAUAUGCAGCUGCCACCCCAUAUGAAGAUGAGAGUGGCAACAAGAUUGCUAGAAGGAAUGGCGUCCACGUGGUGGGACGGUGUCAAAGGGAAGUACGGUGAGGCGGUCACUUGGGAGAACUUCAGGCAAGAAUUCUUUAGCCAAUACUACUCCGACUUCGAGGUGAACUUGAAGAGGAGGGAGUACACGAAUUUGACCCAAGGAGGGGAAUGCACGGUGAAGGAACUUGAACACAAGUUCAGAAAGCUUGCUGAGUUCAUACCAGAGUACAUUUGUGAUGAAAAUCGGAUGGUGAACCAUUUCUGGGAUGCCUUGGACCUUGACAUACGUGAGAGGGCAACACAAUUGCCUAAUAUGACAUUUAGUCAAGUGGUGGAACAAGGUUUGAAGGGAGAGAAGGAGUGGGAAGAGAGGAAGCGAAGAAAUGCCGAGGAGGCAAAGAAAAGAAAAUGGGAGAACCAUGGCCCCCAAGGUUCAAACAAGAAGAUGAAUCACGGGGGAGGAGGAUCCUUCAGGGCACCCGCACCACCAUCAAGGGGGAAUCCCAACAUGGGUGGGCAAAACUCGGGGUUACAAGCCUCGACGAAGCCUAAGUGCAGGAAUUGCAAGAGAAAUCACGAGGGCAAAUGUCGUGAUCCCCCACGGUGCUACCAAUGCGGAGAUACGGGGCACAUAAGGCUCAAUUGCCCUCAACUUGGUGGGGACCGGUCAUCAGGACCAAGCAGUGCAACCACAGUGAGUAGAAACCGGGAUGGGGCACCAAAUGCAAGCGCGGGCCACGGCGGGGCAAGUACAAGCAACGCACCCUCCGUGAACCAAGGAAGAACUCAAGCGAGAGUGUACGCAAUGACCAAGGCCGAUGCUCGGGCUAAUUCCGACUCCGUCGCAGUUUCAGGUAGGACUUGAAGGUUGCUACCACGCCCGUUGCUUCGGGAAGAUCAAAGGAGGAGGACGUGGUUCGUGCUUCUUCCGUUUCUGUUUUAAACAAUUACAAUAAUGCUCAUGGAAAUUAUUUUGAAUACUAUUUGGGGGCUUGUAUGCCCAUGUUUGCCACGUGUGGCUUGAAUACGUGUAUUAAUGUUUCCGCUGCUUUAUAUGAAUAUUUUACAUUAUGUUUGUUUAUGGAUGUACUAUGUGUGAAUGGUAUUCAAGACGCCUAGUAUAGUAUGGAUGAGUUGGACUGCGGUUGACUAUUCGUACUGUACGGCGGGUUGUUGACGUGUCCGGUAGGUCCGGGGCGUGACAACCUAUGUCGUUUAGAUUCACCGACCGAACAUUUUCUUUUGCUUUUAUAUUUUAGUUUCCUAAAAGAUAUAUGUACCUUUAGGUUUAACAACACAUAUGAAGAAAGUUAU